UGGGGCCUCACUGGGAGGCUGAUGGGAGAGUUUUGGCUGGAAUGGGUUGCAGGUCUCCAGCACCAGGAAACCCCUUCCCCAGAGGGCUCAAGACAAGUCUCAAAGGGGCACCAACAGCCCAGCCACUUCAUGAUGGACUCCAUUUCUAGACCAGUUACUGAGUUUUGCCUUGAUCUCUACAAAAAGCUCAACAGAAGUGCAGAGGACACAAAUAUUGUCUUCUCUCCAAUGAGCAUCUCUGUUGCCCUGGCCCUGAUCCACCUUGGUGCGAAAAACAACACUGCUGCUCAGAUAGAAAAAGUGCUCCAUGUCAGGAAAGCUGGAGGAAGAAUGAGGCUUGGAUAUGAUCACGAGAGUGCAGCCGCAGAAAUGGAGCCAGAAGGAAGCCUGGAGAGUCAGCCUUCCUUCUCAGAGUGUAACAAGGAGGGAGACCUUAACCAUAAAGUGUUCCAGGAGCUGCUUUUACAACUACAAAACCUCGGUGACAAAUAUGUUUUAACCUUGGCCAACAAUCUCUUUAUACAACAGGGAUUUGAACUCCAGCAGCAAUUUCUGAUGUGUAGCAAGGAACUGUAUGGAGCAAUGCUGGAAACAGUGAACUUUCAUGGUGCUGUUGAAGCUGCCAGAAGAAAAAUUAAUGCUUGGGUUGAAAGUGAGACACAAGGUAAAAUCAAGGAACUCUUUGCACCUGGUGUGAUUGAUGUACAUGCAUUGCUGGUGCUUGUGAAUGUAAUCUACUUCAAAGCAUCCUGGGAACACAAGUUUAAAGAAGAAAAAACUGUUCAGAGGGAUUUUAAACUGAAUCAGGGCAGAAAGAAACCUGUGCAGAUGAUGUAUCAGAAAGGAAAAUUUAAACUGGGCUAUCUUGAGGAGGUGGGUGCUCAGAUCCUUGAACUCCCUUAUGCCCAGAAUUCACUGAGCAUGAUCAUCCUGCUGCCAGGUGAUGUGGCUGAUGGCUCUGUCAGUGGGCUGGAGCAGAUUGAAAGCAGAAUCACCUAUGAAAAUUUAUUGCUGUGGGCCUCCUCAGAGAACAUGUUUGAGACAACAGUGGAGGUUUACCUGCCCCGAUUCAAGCUGGAAGCCACCUUUAACCUCAAUGAGGUUUUGCAAGAGAUGGGGAUGACCGACAUCUUCACUGAAUCGAAAGUUGACCUGUCUGCAAUGACCUCUGCAAAAUCUCUGGUGCUGUCAAAUGUUGUCCACAAGGCGUACGUGGAAGUCAACGAGGAAGGCACCGAGGCGGCGGCUGGCACGGGAGCUUCCAUUGUGAGGAGGUCUCUGCCUCUCACAGAGGUGUUCAUGGCUAAUCACCCUUUCUUGUUCUUUAUUAGACACAAUCCUACCAAUGCUAUUGUUUUCUUUGGCAAACUCUGUUUGCCUUAAAAUCAGGGCCAUGUUCUAACACUGUGAGGAACACCUGGAUGAAAAGCAGAAAUGGUAUUUUUCUCCCAAAUGGUUUCUUAUUACUUUGACAGCUAGUUUGUACUUCAAAAUAAUCACUGCAGACCGUUUGGUUUAGAAUCUAUGAAUUGGAUACUCUGCCACUAGGCUUCUUGAAUUGUAAAUAUUGGUAUGAAUCCAGAAUAUGAGUAAAUUUUACCUUAAGGUCACUGGAUAUGAAUAACAUUUUGUUUCCUUAAUGUGCGCAUGUGCUCAUGGUGACAAUAGGAUUGAGAUGGGGAGGGACCUCUGGAGAUCAUCUGGUCCACCUCCUCUGCAUGAGCAGGGCCAUCUACAGCUGGUUGUCCAAGACCAAGUCUUGGAUGCCUUUUGGGCAUCUCCAAAGAUGGAGACUCCACCACCUGUCUGGACAAGCUCUCCUAAGUCUGAAAGAGAAUUUUGUAUGCAUGGUGUCUGCAGGAAAAGGAUAAAAAAAAACAUGUAAUCCUAAAAAUUAUUUACACGGUAUAGAAGGCUGUCUUUUAUAUGAGGAUAAAUCAAAUUAUUUAUCUCAAAGUCUCAAAGAAUAGGAAGGAAAUGGUCUAAAAGCAUCCCACUGAAGUUAUCGAUAUGGAACGCUGUAGCAGUGAACUUCCAAGAAAUGUGUUUUCCUUUUCCCAUGUUGCUGUGUGGUGAAUUUAAAAGUUCUGAGAUGCAAAUCUGAGCAGACAGAUCUCUCUUCAUGCUUUGACAAAUGAGGAAAGGUUUUUAAAGUGCAGUAUAGAUCAUGGAAAUCACAGUUAAACAUUACCUGGGAAUGUUUGUGGGGAAAAAAAAUUAAACUUUCCAGCUGGUAGGGAGACAUUACUGGUAGUUUACUGGUUUUAACAUAAGUGAUGUCUUCCUCAGAGGAAUGAGGUUUAACAAAUUAACAUUUGUAAUGUGCUUUUAAAAUAUAUAUAUAAUGGAGAAUAAGUGAAUAACAUGUUUAAUGCACAGAAUUA